GGUGCACCAGGCAGUCACUUCCUGGCUGUCGUGACGCUAACACACCCGUUGCGCCGCCUCACACUUGCGACUUUCCGCGUGUAGUGUGACUGGAGGCCCCGCGCUCUCCUCACCCUCUAACUCUACUCGUGCUAAACUGUGUGUCGUGACCCCCGGGACACUGUGACCUCAUCUGUGUUUAUUGACUCGCCAUGGUGACCUCGUGAGUGGAGAGGCGCCCCCCUUGCUGGACACCUGACCCGAGCUAGCCCAGGAUGAUGAAUACAGGAGAGUGUGCCAUCAGCGGGUUCGGGCUGCCGUCCGUGGGCGUCGCCGUGUCCUCUCCCAGCCACGUCCACCUCGACUACAACGAAAACGUGACCCAGACGCCCAUGGCCGCCCACAUGGCCGAGGGUGGCGUGGCGCACUACCCGCCGCACGGGGGCUUCAUGGCGGGCUCCUACCCUGGCGGCGGACUUGGCGGGCAGCUCUUCCAGCACUAUCACGGUAACGGCGGCCCCCUCAGGUCAGGCCACCACGCUGGGGGCCUGGUGUACCCCGGGCCGCUGCUGGGCCACCACCAGCACCAGCAGCAUCCCCACCACGCCCACCACCACCCCCACCACCCGCGGGGCAUGGAGCCCUACCCCGGCGGCGGCGGCGGCCACCGCUGGGAGGGCGGGGGCGGCGGUGGUCGGGGCGGGGCGGGGGAGAAGGCGCGGCGGGAGCAGCGGAUCCGGCGUCCCAUGAACGCCUUCAUGGUGUGGGCCAAGGUGGAGCGCAAGAAGCUGGCGGACGAGAACCCCGACCUGCACAACGCCGACCUCUCCAAGAUGCUGGGCAAGAAGUGGCGUGCCCUCACCCCGACGGAGCGGCGCCCGUACGUGGAAGAGGCGGAGCGGCUGAGGCUGAAACACAUGGCCGAACACCCCGACUACAAGUACCGCCCUCGACGCCGCAAGCCCCAGCAGCCCAAGAAGCCCGGGGGGUCCUCAGGCUCCCCCGGGGUGUCAACUCACGCUUCCACCCCACCCAGCGUCACCACCACCACCACCGCCUCCGUCACCACCGCCCAGGCCAAGGAGAGUCCCGUUAUUCCGAGUGGGUUCCUGCAGGCGACGCUGACGGCUCCGCUAAACACCACCAGCGCCACCACCAACGUUACCGGCUCCACAAUGCCUCCUUCCACCUUCUCCGCGCCCGUCCUUGCCCUCCACACCCCUGACGCUUCCCCGACCUGCUCCCCGGAACCCGCCUGGCAGCCGCCCCCUCCCCAAGGCCCUCCCCUACCCUCCUGCACGCUUGCCGCCCUCCCCACACCGCCUGAAGCCUCCCCACACGACCACGAUCACCUUCACACCCCCACCAACGGCCCCCACCCCCACCAUCACCAAGGGGAGCAGCAGCAGCAGCCCCCCCAUCACCCCCUCCCUCCUCAGCAACACCCGGAGGUCCCCAGCGGCGCCACGAAGAUGCUGCACUACUUCUCGCAGGCCCAGCAAGGCUACCCCGGCUUCUACCCCAGCGUGCCCUACCCGCCGCCCACCUACGAGUACCACGACUACAUGAACGGCGCCGACGGGUACUACCAGCCCGCCCAAUACGACCCCCAGGGGUUCACGCACGACCACCACCCCGCUUUCACCCACCCCGCGUUUAGCAGUCCAAGGAGUGAGGUGAGCAGUGAGGGUGGUGGAGGCAGCGGGGGUGGUAGUGGAGGUGGCAGCGGCGGCGUGGGCGUGGGCGUGGGCGGGGAAGGGGAGGUGUUUGACGACGUGGAUCGCUCUGAGUUCGACCGUUACCUGAAAGGACCUGAACGAGUGGCUGCAGUGACGUCCUCCUUCACCUACACGCCCCCGGCCAACCCCAGGUACCUCGAGGUGGGCGGCGGACACCACUUCCAGGAAUCCCAAUUCAUGACGUUGAUCAAAGAGGAACCGGAGGACACAGCCAUCACGAAUCCCACCACGGCAGGAGGCGCAGGAGGAGGUGGCGCAUCAGGAGGUGGGAGAGUAGUAUCGGAGGGGGACUGUAGUGGUAGUGGAGGUGGAAGUAGUGAUAGUGGUGAUGGCAGAGCGAGGGGUGAUGGCGGUGGUAGUGGCGGGACCAGCGGAGACCCACAACCGUCGGAGUCUGCCCAAUCGUCCCCUGACCCUGCUUCUAAGGACACUUCCACCAGCAUCCUCUCCGCUCUCGCCGGGGUCAGGGAGCUGUACUACGAGCAUUCCUAAGGCCGUCUGGACCCUUACGUGAACCCCUGACCUGACCUGACCUUGCCUUGCGUCGAGUUCUUCAGCGCAAGGUCGGAAGGAUAGUUGGUCGGUGUCAGAGAGCGAAGAGAUAACAAAGAAAGCCUCAUGUAUAUAUUAUUCUUGCCACAGCCAAAGUAGAACACAUAUCCUAUUAUUGUUUUGUCUUAAGAGAGAGAAAGAGGGAGAGGGAGGAUGAUGAGGAUUAUAUUACGCUGAGGAUAGACUUACGUAGUGUCUUUAGGAGGAAGAAGGAAGGAAGUUGUUGGGGAUGGUUUGCAGAAGAAGAACGGAGAACUUAGUGACCGAAGGAAGGAAGGAAGCUUGUGGUCUAAAGCAAAAGGUUGAGGAACGAAUAAAAUGGACUGAGGGACAAGAGGAAGGAAGGAAGCUGUUGUUGGUUUGCAGAAGAAGAACGGAGAACUUAGUGACCGAAGGAAGGAAGAAAGCUUGUGGUCUAAAGCAAAAGGUUGAGGAACGAAGAAAAGGGACCGAGGGACAAGAGGAAGGAAGGAAGCUGUUGUUGGUUUGCAGAAGAAGAACGGAGAGCGAAGAGGAUAUACUUAGUGACCGAAGGAAGAAAGGAAACUUGCUGUGGUCUGCAGAAGAAGAAGAAGAA